ACUAGGGAUAACACAAACAAUUAUGGCCACAAAGCCACAAUGAUAAAGGCACCAACAAAGAAAGAACGCAAAUUGUAAAGGCCUCUCUCCUUCCUCAUUGGUAUCACAUAGCAAUAGUUUCAAAAUAAACCUAAUGGGUAUCUCGAAAGCUUUGCGAUCUCUUCUCAUCUUGCUGCUCCUCAACAUGACAUUCAUCUUCGGUCACGUUAUACCAGGAGCCACCGUCAAGCCAUGCCCUCCCUCUCCCACAAAAUGUCCAAGAGACACUCUCAAAUUUGGAGUGUGUGGGAGCUGGUUAGGUCUGGUUCGUGAGGUCAUCGGUACACCACCGAGCCAGGAGUGUUGCUCACUCAUCAAAGGUUUGGCUGACUUUGAAGCUGCCGUUUGUCUGUGCACCGCCCUUAAAACCAGCAUUCUCGGAAUUGCUCCCGUCAAAAUUCCCGUUGCUCUCAGUCUGCUUCUCAACUCUUGCGGCAAAAAUGUUCCUCAAGGAUUCGUCUGCUAAUAUUAUUGUGUCCUCUGUCUCCCUUAAUCAAAGAAAGACCGUUCCGAGACUUAGAGAUAGUGGCUUGUAUUAUUGUAUUUGUAUAUGCAAAAUUUGCAAAAAGAGUUGUGUUUUGGUUAAUUUGAAUAAUACAUUCCUAAAUCGUCGUCAGAAAA